AAUUUCAGGCUUCACAGUACAAAGUACUGCAACGCACGAAGUCGUCCCAGUUAUCUGAGCACGCUGCAUUUUAAAGAAGACAAAUUGAACUGAUACCAUACCCACUCGCUUUGCUUUCAUACACGCAUCAACUGCGUGUAAUUAGCAGACGCAGAAAGUUUAACGCGUACUGUUGACUCUUUCGUAACAUGGCAAUGGCCGUUCACAGCGACCGAGUCUGUGCUACGGUAAGCUAGCCGGCUAAGCUAGCCAUAGCUAACUUUAAUGCAUUUUAGCGAGGACAACGUGAAGAAAACAAGGAACUCUCGACAUGGAAGCGGGAAGAGGGCGCGAUGCUGGUGCCUCUUUUGAGGCUGUACUGGACAAAAAGUUACUCAACGUGACGAACACUAUGGAUUCCAUUCAAGGGCUGUCAACGUGGUGUAUCGACUACAAGAAGUACCACAGCAUGAUAGUGCGACAGUGGAGCAAGUGUUUAAAGAAAUCUGACACAGCUCAAAAGAUCAACCUGUUUUACCUCGCCAAUGAUGUCAUUCAGAACUGUAAAAGGAAAAACGCUAUGGUUUACCGUACUGCAUUUGCUGAUGUGCUCCCUGAGGCUUUUGUGCUAAUAAAACAAGAAGGUGAUGCCAAGAUGGUGAAAUCUGUGGAGAGGAUACUCACCAUAUGGCAGGAAAGAAGUGUGUAUACAGAGGCUCUGAUUGCUGAGCUCAGGAGCAGCUUAGUCAAAGAGGAGUCCCCACCUGUGACACCCUUGGAACAAAAAACUCCAGUUGAGUCCAAGGCAGAGCUCCGGUCCAAGAUUGUUGCAGAAUUUGUGCCCCAGUCCUUGAUUGACCACCUGUCUAAAUACAAGAGGUCUCUGGAGGAUGUGGACCUACGAGAAAAACAAUUGGCAACUAUGAGGGUCGACAUCUGCAGUUCUGAAGCCCUCAAGAAGCUAAAAGAUAAGGCAGGGGGAAAGAAGUUCUCCAGGGACUUUGAAGAAGGCAAUAUACAGCUACAAGAGUUUGUUAAGUUCUUUGACAGACAAAACAAAACAGGACCUGCUCUUCUGGAAGCCCUGAGCAAUGCAGAUAUCUUUUAUGAGAUGCAGUACAAAGAGGUCAAGAUUGUCGCUAAUGCCUACCAGACAUUUGCUAACAGAGUGUCCCACCUGAAGCGCAAGCUGGACAACCUAAAGGCCACAUUACCAGACCUGGAUGAUUCGCCUAUUCCUUCGCCCUCUGCUGACGCACCAUCCCCAACAGGCUCCGAAUCUCCUUUCCACGACCUAGAACUGGCCAAGCCUCAUCCAGAUGUGGAUGAUUCCGCUAUGGAUGAUGAAGCAGAACCUCCAGCCCCAAGUCCUCUGUCCUCAAUCGGAGAUUCCCCAAAACCAGUGUUGAAUCUCGGGGAAGAUAACGUUAACCGUGAGGUGGAAGACAUGGAGCUGUCUGAGGAUGAAAUAGUCAGCGGAAGCAUCAUAGUUGAGGAGAAAAUAAAGUGUUCCAGCCCUUUGAAGGCAUCAAAUCCCAUCACCCAAAACAGAGAGCCAUCAGUAGCAACAGCACAGCAUACCUCAUCUGAUGAGGCAUCUGUAGCAACCCUUUCAGGAAGUGUGGAAACUGUUGACCUGGGUAAAAUUGGCUCUAUCCUCAACAGUUUAAAUGCGGCCAUGAAAAACACAGGGCCACCAGUGGAGAGUCCUCCUACAGCUAACCCCUACAUAUCAGUUGAGACGAUACCGCCUGCCUCUGAAGAUGCCACUUCUUUGGUUGACAUCCUGGCAAAGGUGGACAUGAGUCCUGCAGAUCUCAUCAGUGCUCUGUCUAAGGUCCAAGCUCAAGGUAGCCUUGAUGGCAUCACUUCUCAUCUGAGCAGCCCUGCUGCAAAUGUCCCAGCAGAGUCCUCCAAUACAGGCAAGACUCCUCCCUUACCCUCAUUCACAUCAGCUUCAGCAGCUACCAAUCAGAGCUCCACUUCCUCCUCUGCUACACUGGUGCCUUCUUCACCAUCAAACGCCACUGUAAAGCAGAGCACAGCCUCGCAAAUGGUUACUGAGAACAAGCCAACCUCUGCCCCAGUGCAGGAUGUAGCCAAAGAUAUGGAUUUGACAGCAGUGACAGCACAAGUAGUAAAACCAGACAGUUUAGAAUCCAAAAUUCACAACUUCCUGCAUGGCAAUCCUGUUUUUAACUGCUUUGACCUUGGUUUCGCCAUAAACCAACCCAAUAGGGUGGAAAACUUGAGUCCUGUAACAGGAACCGACACGCAGGAUGGGACACCAGUGCGUGAUGAGGGUGGAGGCACCCCAACCCAAGAUGAGGUCAUGGAUGUGCCAGUGGGGCUCCCAAAGUCUUCAAGCACAAACACAGAAACUGGGAUGCCAGCUCUCUUUGCAUUCCAUAAAAAUACUUCUCAGAACCCAGAAAACACCAACCUGCAAGACCACCUUCAGCCAGGUGUUGCUCAGAAUGGACAGACGUACCAACCAUACCAAUACAGUGAAAACAGUAUGUCAACUCCUGUUGAACAGUAUCAGCCAAUUUCUACUCCAGGUGGAGGUCCUGCAACUCAGGGCAGUGCAGGCAGCACACAACCCAUGGAGGACUUUCAGGGGAUGGCUGAUCACGGUUGGUAUGGUCAGCAACCCACAGGCUACAAUGUGCAGAGGCCUGCUAAAAACCUGACGACAAGGCCAUUUGAGUACCAAGCCGAACAAACCAGAGAACCUCAAGGGUUUCAUCAAUCUUCAGAUUUCUUUAGAAACAUCCUUCCUCCUGUCCCCAAGUUACCUCCCCCUCCAAAUGUACUCCCAACAGCUUCCGUAACCAGCCAAGCAAUGACUCUCCCAGAGCAGCAGCCAGCACCCCACGCAGACAUGGGCGAACCUGGUCAAAGCAGAGGUUUGCCGAGGAUGGUGGUCCACGACCAUGGACACAAGUCAGUCUUUCAUCCAGAUGAAUCAUUGUAUGAUCACCCCGAGGAUCAAGACUCUAGCCUAGACAACAUGCAUUACCCUAAAGACCACGAGCAUUACCACGAUGACAUCCUCCCACGCCCUAGCCCUCAUUUUCAGAACAGCCCUUACAGCCGACCUGAGGCCCCUUUCUACCAAAGGGGCAGCCCUCGACAUAGCCUCCCCAGAGGCAGAGGGCGCUUCACUUCGCCUUCCUCACCCUCCUCCCAGGAUGCUUUUGACAGCCAGGAUUACCAAAGACAGAGCCCCCCUCAUCCUCACUAUGCGCCCAGAUGUCCAGCGCCACCACUCCGUUUUGAGAUGCGCCCCCCUGGUCCGCGACCUCCACAGCGGGUUCCCCGUCCUGCCCAUCACCCAUUCCCCAGGGGUCCCCCACGCGCACCAUUUCCUAAUUUUCAUGGGCCUGAUCCAAGACUAAGGGGGAAACGACCGGGUCCGAGAGGAGGUCUAAAUCCUGGUCCCAUGUUCGCUCCCAAAAGACCAUUCCCACCUCCGUGGUACUGACUGUAGUAUUGCAACAAAGGUUCAUUCUGUGCACUGGGAGGUCAAAUGUGAAAAGGCUAAAGGGGGAGGUCACUCAGAGACUGCAUUAGAGCUGACAAAUAAAAAUCGUGUCCAAAUCUCCAAAAAAGACUGUGGGAAGGAGAGAGAGAGAGAGAUGAGAGAGAGAGGGGUACAGAUCUCACCAGAAAAGAAAGCAGAGGCUCCUAGAAGAGUGCUGAAGACAGAAGAUUAAAGAAAAUAAGAGGUGGAUAUAUAUAUAUAUAUAUAUAUAUAUAUAUAUAUAUACUUCUUUUCACAGAGUUUGGAGCUUUGCAGUAAAUAUGUCAUUAAUCAUCAGUUUUUGAUACAGUUCAGAGUGUGUGCAUGGUAUGCAAGUGUGCAUGCAGUUAAGCAUCAUACAUAGGUAGCCACAGAAUGUAAAGUCUCGAGUAACUUUAGCCUGGAAGUGUGUUUGUUUCUGCUGCCAUUUUUCUUUCUAGUUAGCAGUUCUCACUGCUUCAUUUCAUACCAGCCAUUCUUCCGGCUUAAAGCACCACAUGAAUUUCACUUUUGGAGUGAAAAUGAUGUAUAUUUUUUACAGUUUGUGUUCCUAUAACAAUACAUGUUAGCUAUUUCACAGGUGGAACUCUGAUGUUUAUAGUUGUGAAGCGAUGGUCUCUUCGUUAUUUGACUAAAGUUUUUCUUCGUUGAGAGCGGCCCCUUUCAACUGAAAAGGAGACUGGGAGUAAGAUUUCUUUUGGCUUCUCACCCUACUCGGAAGUGAAGUUUUGGAAGGGGGGUGAAGAUGCUUCAGUUUCUUUUUAUUUGUACUGUCAAAUAAAAAUGUGAUUUUGAAA